AUGUGGGCUACUGCGCGGAUCGUUCCCGACACUGUGAAUGCGACACCGAGCAGCGGAGUGGUACACGAUUCGCCCACGGGUGGAAUGACCAGGGGUCUCAAGAAACCAUGGGUUUCGACUCCGUUGAUCGAGUCGCCGGGCUUAUCUGAAGCUGCCGGAUGCAGAAUCUUCCUGAAGCUCGACAACUUCCAGCCCUCCGGAUCCUUCAAGUCGCGCGGCGUGGGCAACUACGUCCUGCAGCGUGUUCGGGAACGACAAGACGCCUCCUGCGGCCAUCUGAACAACAAGACCCAUUUUUACGCCUCAUCCGGCGGUAACGCAGGGUUGGCAUGCGUCCAUGCCGCUCGCUCGCUAGGGUAUCCUGCUACGGUGGUCGUGCCCACGGCAACCAAGCCUGACCUCGUCGCCAUGCUUUGGGCCAAGGGCGCUGCCAAUGUCAUCCAACACGGGCAUUCGGUCUUGGAGGCGGAUCGCUAUCUCAAGGAGACGGUUUUAAAAUCGGAUCCAGACGGAGUCUAUGUGCCUCCCUUUGACCAUCCGGACAUUUGGGACGGCAAUUCGACUGUCAUGGACGAGAUCGCCACCCAGAUGCACCCCGAGAAGCCCGACGUGGUCGUCUGUAGUGUCGGCGGAGGCGGCCUUCUGAACGGCAUCAUGCAGUCUUUGGAUGCCAGAUCAUGGAUCGACGACGUGUCCGUCGUGGCGAUGGAAACCCAAGGAGCCGAUUCGCUCAGUCAAUCCCUCAAGGCCGGUCGGCUAAUUACCAUGGAUAAGAUAACUUCACAGGCCAGAAGUCUGGGGGUCGCCAGGGUCUCGCAGCGAACAUGGGAGUACGCUCAGCGGCCACGGGUCAUAAGUGCUGUGUUACCAGACGACCAGGCCGCAAAGGGCUCCUUGCUCCUGGCCCAAACGGAGAAGAUCAUCGCCGAGUUGACGGUCGGAGUCAACAUUGCGCUCUGCUUUGACGGUUUAUUGGAAAAGGUCCUUGGCCGCAAAGUAACAAAGUCUACAAAGGUGGUUAUCGUUGUUUGUGGUGGCAAUGACAUCAAUCUGGAGAUGUUGACCGAGUGGAUGAAGGCUGGCCAUUCCUAG